CGGCCAUGUUGUGCGGGGGGAGGGGAGCAAGGAGUUGAGAGGAGACGGCGGAGGCUCCCUCACACACACGGCACAAGAUGGCCGGGAAGCAGCCGCAGCUCCCGCCCGUCUCCCGGCGCUGUCCCCGCCGCUCGCGCCGGAGACGCCCGGCGGGCGCUCUCGGUGCCGCUCCCGGGCGCCAAAUCGGGCCCGGCGCUCUGUGGGCUCCGGGGCUCCGGAGGGCGGCGAGCCGGGCUGCCGAGCGGGGCUGCCGACGGUCGGGCAGCAAUGGCGCCGGGCUGCCGAGCGCUGCCCGCGCCGCUCCCUCGCCGGGCGGGCGCGGGGCCGCCCUUGGCCGCGGGCAGGGAGAGCCGGGAGCAGCGCCCCGUCCUCGGGGCCCCGGGUGCCUGUCAGCGGGCUGCUCUUUGCCGGGUAGGAUUUCGUGAACAGAACCUUAUUUCCUGAUAAGCUUCCAGAGGAUUCGUUCAUGCCUUAUUUUUCUUAGGGCUAUUACUGGAUACGAUUCUUCCAAAGAUUCUGAUGACUGGUUGGGCCAAAGACCUUGAGCAAAAUUCUGUACUGUGCAUGCCAGAUGUGUUGAGGAAUUGAUUUACUCACUCUAAGCAAAAUAGCUGCUGUUGGUUGAAGCACUGUAAAUACCUGGGCACAGGACUUCAAAGCAAACAGACACCCCUGACCCCCUUUUAAUAUUUAAGAAUAAAAAGAUGAUGAGAAAUAAGGACAAAAGCCAAGGAGAGGAGGGUUCAGUCCACAGCAAUGCAUCGAGUCACUCGGCAUCCGAAGAAGCCUCUGGCUCUGACUCUGCAAGCCAGUCUGAAAGUGAGCAGGGCAGCGAGUCAAACAGCAGCUCGGAGUCCUCUGAGAGUCAGUCUGAAUCUGAAAGUGAAUCAACGGGUUCCAAAUCCCAGCAGACCCCUCCUGAAACCAAAGAAAAACCAGCCUCUAAGAAGGAAAGGAUAGCAGAUGUUAAAAAGAUGUGGGAAGAAUAUCCUGAUGUUUAUGGGGUUAGGAGGUCAAACCGAAGCAGACAAGAACCGUCACGAUUUAAUAUAAAAGAUGAGGCAAGUAGCGAGUCUGAAAAUGAGAGCCCAAAAAGAAGACGCCAGAAGCAGUUGAAAAGAAAAAUUAAAUGGAAAAGAGAGGUGUCUGCUGGAGAAGAGGAUGAAGAUGGAGGGGAGCAAGGCACCAGUGGAGAGAGUGAGCCUGAACCGAAGAAAAUUAAAGCAAGAAGACCUGUCCAGAGGAGAACAGUGGCCAAAACUGGUGUUAAAAAGCCCCACAAAAUCCAGCGUGGGAAGAGGAAGAAACCAGACUCAUCUGAAGAUGAUGAUGAUGACGAAGAUGAUGAGACCCCCAAGAGACAAACUCGGCGAAGAGCAGCCAAAAAUGUCAGCUACAAAGAGGAUGAUGAUUUUGAGACGGAUUCUGAUGACCUGAUAGAGAUGACUGGGGAAGGAGCUGAUGAACAACAAGACAACAGUGAAACUAUUGAGAAAGUCUUGGACAUCAGGCUUGGAAAAAAGGGAGCCAUUGGAGCUUCCACCACCGUGUACGUGACCGAGGCCAACGGCAACCCCAGCGCCGACUUCGACCCCGAGAAGGAUGAGGGGGAGGUUCAGUACCUGAUCAAAUGGAAGGGCUGGUCAUACAUCCACAGCACGUGGGAGAGCGAGGAGUCCUUGCAGCAGCAGAAAGUGAAGGGCCUGAAAAAGCUGGAGAACUUCAAGAAAAAAGAGGAGGAGAUCAAGCAAUGGCUGGGCAAGGUAUCACCUGAAGACGUAGAAUAUUUCAACUGCCAACAAGAGCUGGCUUCAGAGCUAAACAAACAAUAUCAAAUAGUGGAGAGGGUAAUAGCUGUGAAGACCAGCAAGUCUGCCACGGGACAUUCAGAUUUCCCAGCAAGCAGUCGCAAAACAUCCUCGAAUGACCCCGAAUACCUGUGCAAGUGGAUGGGGCUGCCCUAUGCUGAGUGCAGCUGGGAAGAUGAGGCUCUGAUCAGCAAGAAAUUCCAGCACUGCAUCGACAGCUUCAACAGCAGGAACAACUCCAAGACCAUUCCCACCCGUGACUGCAAGGUGCUGAAGCAGAGGCCGAGGUUUGUUGCCUUGAAGAAGCAGCCCUCGUACAUCGGCGGGGAGAACCUGGAGCUGCGCGAUUACCAGCUGGAGGGCCUCAACUGGCUGGCUCACUCCUGGUGCAAGAACAACAGCGUGAUCCUGGCUGAUGAAAUGGGACUGGGCAAGACCAUUCAGACAAUAUCAUUCCUGUCAUACCUGUUCCAUCAGCACCAGCUGUAUGGCCCUUUCCUGGUGGUCGUGCCCCUGUCCACCCUCACCUCCUGGCAGAGGGAGUUUGAAGUGUGGGCACCUGAGAUAAACGUGGUGGUUUACAUUGGAGACCUCAUGAGCAGGAACAUGAUACGUGAAUAUGAGUGGAUCCAUUCUCAGUCUAAAAGAUUGAAAUUCAAUGCACUUAUCACAACAUAUGAGAUCCUCCUGAAGGAUAAGACUGUUUUGGGAAGCAUUAACUGGGCCUUUCUGGGCGUGGACGAAGCCCAUCGGUUGAAAAACGACGACUCCUUGCUGUACAAAACCUUGAUUGAUUUCAAGUCCAACCACAGGCUGCUGAUCACUGGCACCCCACUUCAGAACUCACUCAAGGAGCUCUGGUCCCUGCUGCACUUCAUCAUGCCAGAGAAGUUUGAGUUCUGGGAGGAUUUUGAGGAGGAUCACGGGAAAGGAAGAGAGAAUGGCUACCAGAGCCUUCACAAAGUGCUGGAGCCGUUUCUGCUGCGCAGAGUGAAGAAGGAUGUGGAGAAAUCUCUGCCAGCCAAAGUGGAGCAGAUCCUCCGGGUGGAAAUGUCUGCUCUGCAGAAGCAGUACUACAAGUGGAUUUUGACAAGAAACUACAAAGCUCUUUCAAAGGGAACAAGGGGAAGCACAUCUGGUUUCCUGAAUAUUGUGAUGGAAUUGAAAAAGUGCUGUAACCAUUGCUACCUUAUCAAGCCUCCUGAGGAAAAUGAGAGAGAGAAUGGCCUUGAGACCCUGCAGUCUUUGAUCAGGAGCAGUGGAAAGCUGAUUCUCUUGGACAAGCUGCUGACCAGGCUGCGGGAGAGAGGCAACAGAGUGCUGAUCUUCUCCCAGAUGGUGAGGAUGCUGGACAUCUUGGCAGAGUACCUGACUAUCAAACACUACCCUUUUCAGCGCUUGGACGGCUCGAUCAAGGGGGAGAUCCGAAAGCAGGCGCUGGAUCACUUCAACGCCGACGGCUCCGAGGACUUCUGUUUCUUGUUGUCAACAAGAGCUGGAGGGUUGGGAAUUAAUUUGGCCUCUGCUGAUACUGUUGUUAUCUUUGACUCGGACUGGAACCCCCAAAAUGAUCUUCAGGCUCAGGCCCGAGCCCAUCGGAUUGGACAAAAGAAGCAGGUGAACAUUUACCGCCUGGUCACCAAGGGGACGGUGGAGGAGGAGAUCAUUGAGAGAGCCAAGAAGAAAAUGGUGCUGGAUCAUUUGGUUAUCCAGCGUAUGGACACCACUGGCAGGACUGUUCUGGACAACAACUCUGGGAGAUCCAACUCAAAUCCUUUCAACAAAGAGGAGCUGACAGCUAUUUUGAAGUUUGGAGCUGAAGAUCUUUUCAAGGAACUGGAAGGGGAAGAGUCAGAGCCUCAGGAGAUGGACAUUGACGAGAUUCUGCGUCUGGCUGAAACGCGGGAGAAUGAGGUGUCCACCAGUGCCACCGACGAGCUGCUCUCACAGUUCAAGGUCGCCAACUUUGCAACCAUGGAGGAGGAAGAGACAGAGCUGGAUGAGCGGUCCCAGAAGGACUGGGAUGAUAUCAUUCCAGAAGAGCAGAGGAAAAAGGUGGAGGAGGAAGAAAGGCAGAAAGAAUUGGAGGAAAUCUACAUGCUGCCUCGAAUCCGGAGCUCAACGAAAAAGGCUCAGACAAAUGACAGUGAAUCUGAUGCAGAGACCAAGAGAAGGCUUCAGAGAUCGUCUGGGUCAGAAAGCGAGACUGACGACACCGACGACGAGAAGAGACCCAAGCGCCGGGGGCGCCCUCGGAGCGUCAGAAAAGACACUGUGGAAGGAUUUACUGAUGCUGAAAUCAGGAGGUUUAUCAAGGCUUACAAGAAGUUUGGAUUGCCUCUUGAAAGGCUGGAGUGCAUUGCCCGGGAUGCUGAGCUGGUGGACAAGUCUGUGGCUGACCUGAAGCGUUUAGGGGAGCUCAUCCACAACAGCUGUGUGUCAGCAAUGCAGGAAUAUGAGGAGCAGCUGAAGGAAAAUCCAGCAGAAGGGAAAGGACCUGGAAAGAGACGAGGUCCUACCAUCAAGAUUUCUGGUGUCCAAGUCAAUGUGAAAUCCAUCAUCCAGCACGAAGAGGAGUUUGAAAUGCUGCACAAGUCCAUUCCCUCGGACCCAGAGGAAAGGAAGAAGUACCGCCUGACGUGCCGUGUCAAAGCUGCUCAUUUUGAUGUAGACUGGGGAGUGGAGGAGGAUUCUCGCUUGUUAGUGGGAAUUUACGAGCAUGGGUAUGGAAACUGGGAGCUGAUUAAAACGGACCCGGAGCUGAAGUUGUCUGAUAAGAUCCUACCAGUUGAGACAGAUAAGAAACCUCAGGGAAAACAGCUCCAGACCCGAGUUGAUUAUCUACUGAAACUGCUGAAAAAAGAUCUGGACAAGAAAGAAAACAUGAAAGAUGGGGAAGAGGGCAAGCUAAAGAAGAGGAAACCACGAGUGAAGAAAGAGAACAAGGCUCCCAAAGUCAAAGAUGAGCAUGGGAAUGAACUCUCCUCUCCUCGGCACUCAGACAACCAGUCAGAAGAGGGUGAAGUCAAGGAGGAUGGCUUGGACAAGAGCCCAGUGAAAAAGAAACAGAAGAAGAAAGAGAACAAAGAGAACAAGGAAAAACAGACAUCGUCUAAGAAAGAAAAGGAAAGCGAUAAAGAGAAAAAGAAGACAAAAGACAAGAAAGAGAAGCCUAAAGGUGGCGAGGCCAAAUCCGGAAGUAAAGGGAAGAGAUCACAGGGUCCUGUCCACAUCACUGCAGGGAGUGAGCCAAUCCCCAUUGGAGAAGAUGAGGAUGAUGAUCUGGACCAAGAAACAUUCAGCAUAUGCAAGGAAAGGAUGAGACCAGUCAAAAAAGCACUGAAGCAACUUGAUAAGCCUGAUAAGGGACUGACAGUCCAAGAACAGCUGGAGCACACACGCAACUGCCUCCUGAAAAUCGGUGAUCGCAUCUCUGAGUGCCUUAAAGCCUACACUGACCAGGACCACAUCAAGCUGUGGAGAAGGAACCUAUGGAUAUUUGUGUCAAAAUUCACAGAAUUUGAUGCCAGAAAACUACACAAACUCUACAAGAUGGCUCAUAAGAAAAGAUCACAGGAAGAGGAGGAGCAGAAGAAGAAGGAGGACAUGUCCAGCAUGAAGAAGCCGUUCCGCCCAGAGCCUUCCGGCUCCAGCCGUGAUUCCGUGAUGUCCCAGUCCCAUGUGCCUCACAAUCCUCACUCCCAGAAGAUCCACAUGCCCCCUUCCCACACCCAGCAGCAGAUGCACGGCCACCCCCGGGACAACUAUGGCCACCCAAACAAGAGACAUUUCAGCAACACAGACCGAGGAGACUGGCAGAGGGAUCGAAAGUUCAACUACGGCGGCAACAGCAACCAGAUGUGGGGCGGGGAGCGGCACCACCAGUACGAGCCGCACUGGUACAAGGACCACCACUACGGGGAGCGGCGGUCGCGCGGGGACCCCCACCGCAGCUCCGGCAACUACCGACCAAACAACCUGUCCCGCAAGAGGCCCUACGAGCAGUACAACAGCGACCGCGACCACCGCGGCCACCGCGACUACUACGACAGGCACCACCACGAUUCCAAACGCCGGCGGUCCGAGGACUUCAGGCCUCAGAACUACCACCAGCAGGAUUUCAGGCGGAUGUCUGACCACAGGCCCCCCAUGGGCUACCACGGCCAAGGACCCUCGGACCACUACCGGUCCUUCCACACAGACAAACUGGGCGAUUACAAACAGCCCCUCCCUCCAUCUCACCCUCCGGUGUCGGACCCUCGCUCGCCCCCCUCUCAGAAAUCCCCCCACGAUUCCAAAUCACCUCUCGAUCACAGGUCACCUCUGGAUAGGUCAUUGGAACAGAAAAACAAUCCAGAUUAUAACUGGAACAUUCGGAAAGCGUAAAGCGACGGAGAGGGCGAAGGGCACGCCCGAGAUACUGGGAUUGGUGCGACGGUGGCUGCUUUCUCCAAGCCAGCAACCAGAAACUCUGAACAUGCUGCUAUCAUCUGGCUGGGUCAAGGAGGAAUUUGGGGGAGUGGGUGAAGGAAGAUUUUCCCUAGUUCUUGAUUCUGGUUUAGAUUCCCAUUUCCUUUCCCUUUUUUUACCAUUGAACUGUUCUGUCAUGGAACCAGCCUUGCUGCCUCAUUUGUUGUUUUGUUUUUUGUUUUCCUCAGUCCAAUGGACCCAAGGGAGUUUUUCCCCAGCCAGUGUUUCCUCAGAAGGAGAAGGCAGAUUGAUGCUGCUUAGGAUGGUGCAGAAGGCUGUGUGCCUGCUCUGACUUGAUGUUAUGUGACAGAUGCUGCUUUAGGGUCGGGAUAAACUGGUUGGGCUGGGAUUUGUGUGUCACCAGCAUGGGGCAAUGGGAGGAUAUGUUCAAGGAGGGACAGGAAAGUCCCUCAGCAGCCAAACUUGGUUGAAAGAGGGACUUGAUGUCCCUGCAGAAUGACUCCAAAGGUGCUGGAGCCGUGCUGGUGACAAUUCAUCACUUUCCUGGCCGUGUUAUCAUUUUCAUGUCUUUAUCCAUUUCAAGAAACUGGCUCUGCUUUGAUUGCUGUUGUGUCCCCUGCAACAGAGGAGGUGGGGGGAUCUUGCUCCCAUCUCCAGAGCUGGAACUGGCAAAUCUUGACUCUGGGAGUAAGUGGGAGCUGGGAAAAAAAGGCCAACAAAAGGCUUAGUUCACUUCUAACCAUCAGGAAAGAAAUUGAGGUGAGAACAUUAUUUCCCAGUGGACAGGGCUCAGGAGUUCAUAAGAAAACUCUUCUCUUCUGUCAUGGGCAGCUUGAGUGGUCCAGGAACUAACAGAUGCUGGCUGGGAGGUGCAAGAUCAAAAGAUGGCUCUGGGCAUACUGGAACUCCUAAUCUUCCUGCCACUAAAGUCUCUGGUCUUUGGGCAAAUCAUUUCUCUCUGUGCUUCACAAAGCAGUGAUCACAAACCUUUGCUGUAAGUGAAAGGUAAGGGAUGGUAGAGCAAAGUGAAAUAGGAAUAUAGUGGAGUGAUCACUGUUCAGGGAAUGGUCACCUUCCUGCCACCUUUCCAGCAGUCAGCAGCGACUCUGAAUUGCUAAAAGUACCUGCAAUUACAGACCUUUUGUUUGUCUAAAUUGGAAAUGAACCUGAGGACUUAGCACCUCAGUGAGCAGGGACAGCAUGAGGAAUUCAGGACUGGUCUGUAAAGAUCCUUGGAGCAAAUGUCUUAGAGCCUAGCAUGGCAGAGGAAAAAGAGGAAUAUGCAGCCCAGCUCAGUGAACUUCAGGGCAAACACUCCAAGCAUUCAAACCACAGUAUUUGAUGCAAACCAGCAUCCAGCCUGGACACUGGUGUGUUGAGGGGUUGGUUGUGCACAUCCUGCUGGCCAGAAGCACCUUGGGUGAUUAUUUUUCAGGUUGGAGUUCCCUGGAGACCACAAAGGCUGCCCUGAGCAUGGUGUCUGGGGCUGCAUCACCACCCAGAGCUUAGUAUUAAAGACCAGGCUGUUCCAGACUCCUGUUUGGCAGGGCACAGAAGCUGGGCCUCCUAUUAAGAUGCCAGUAUUUGACUCUAAUAAGCUGUGAUGUCCCUUCCCCAAAGGACUGAGGGCAGAUGGGUGUUCAGGGCUGGCUUCCUGACUCCAGGCAGUGCCUUGGAAGGUGCAUGCAAACUGACACUAAAACUCCUCCAUGCAGUGUGUGUCCCUGGAAAUCUGCUGCCAUCACUCCUCCCCAUCCCGCUGCUCCAAGGGGACACACUGGAAGUGUUUUGUUCCCCUUUUGUUUUUAUGUUGCAAGAUUUCCACCGAAUUCAGGGCAGUUUUGUUUCCUUAGGGGCACUUGCUGCCCUGAUAAAGUGUUACACUUGUGUUUACCUGUGCAGGGUGAGGUGAAGGCAAGUCUUCCACAGUCCCCCUCGGAGGGGUGGGAGGUGUGGAGAGAGCACCUUUCCGUGGUGUUUCCCACUAAGCUGUGAUUGCAGGCUGUGGUAUUCAACAAAGAGGUCCUUUCUUUUCAGAGGUAUUAGCUUUUAAUGUGAAAAUGGAGGCAGCAAAAAGAAUUGCUGUUUUUGUCACGGUGCUGUCACGGUGGGAAGUCUGUGCCAUACUCGUGUAGCAAAGGCAAUACUGGCAACCAAUGUGAGGGCUGGUGCAGGAGAAUCCCAGCAAGAGGCAUUUUCUGUGUCGAGAUACGGGGGUUUCUGCUCAUCCCAGGCAUGAGGUUGGUUGGGAUUUCCUUCUUGUGCAACAGCAAAAGCUUUACCCAUAUCCACUGGAGAGCUGUCCCCACUGUCACUUUAGCCUGAUGUUGAAGUCACAUCAUGUCCACUCAUGAUGGGUGAAUGUUUGCUGGGUUUGGCUUUAGUGAAGCUGGAGAUUUGGGAGAAAGUCUUCCUUGAGCAUACACACACACACUUAUGCAUUUUAUGUCCCCUCAGCAUAGGGACCAUAACCAAACACAGUCACGGGGACAGGAGUGGGAUCAGAGGGGACACAUCCACAGCCAUAAACUUCUCUGUGGUGUUUGUGACAGCAUUGGUACAGCUCUUCCUUCCUAACCACCUGUGGGAUUCCCUCCAGCCUCUUUGCAGAAAAUAGCAGUAACUUGCUGGGGUUCAAUUUAAAAAAAAAAAAAAAAAAAAAAAAAGAGUUUUUCAGCCUGACCUCUUUGGAAAUGGUGUAAAGUCAUGAGUUCACAUGGUGGAAAUCCUGCAGACCAAAACUUGCUGUGGGGACAGGCGAUGUGGUCCCAGCCAAAAUGGACACGGAACCGAGUGCUGAAGUCCUUGUGUGAAUGGUUUGUGAUCCACACAAAAAUAUUUUUCUGCUUUCACCCGUUUCCUCCCCACCUCUGCCUCCCCUCUGGGGAGAGAAGGACUCUUACUGUAAAAAUACGGACUUUUAAACCUGUUGACUAAAAACAGUAAUUAAUAUUAAUUUAUAUUUGUGAAAGAAAUGCCACUGUCCUAGUGAUUUCUGAUGUAAAUAUGUUGUUUAUAUAGUAUGUAUGAAAUUUUCCUACAUUGUAAAACUGCUGUACUUUUGAUUCUUGUAUAUUAAAAAGUGUUACUGAGAUUUUCAGAA